AUGUUGAAGUUUAGACUAGCGAUAAUAUUGCCCACACUGGCCUCCAUUGUGAUCGGGUACAUCUGGUACAUGAAGAAGAAACAAAGAAACGGAGAGCCAAGCUGGCCAUCAAAUGAAGAAAGUCAGAAGGCUGAUGAUGACUUGAUUAGUGAUGACGAUGUUAGUGAAGCUAGUAAUGUUAAUGAUGAUAAUAACAUCCCAUUAGAAUGUAACCCAUUGAAUCUUGUAAGAGAAUUCAUCAACUCAACUGCUAGCAAUCCUAAUGGUGUUGGUAAUGAAAUUGGCAACGAUGUUAAUGCUGAUGAAAUUAUCAAUGAUGAUGAUGAUGAUGAUGGAGUUGAUAAUGGCAGUGACAUCCUUGAGAGUCAUUUCCAGUCACCAUUAUCAUCCAAUCAUCAUCAUGAUGACAACAGCAAACAUGAAAGCAAUGAUAAUGCUGAAAAUAAAAUUGGUGAAACUAUCGAGCAAGAGGACGACAGUAAAGUCAUGCAGAUCAUCUUAGAGGAGAAUCGUAACAAUCACAUAGAGCCUUUGUUAGAAACAGAAGAACAACAUAUCAACACAGAAACAAUUACACAAGCAAACACACAAACUGAUAAGCAGUCAAUCCCAGAAAUACUCCCAACAACAUGUGAAAGCAUGUCUAACACAAAUUCCAAUGAUAUGCAUGCAGACACACAUGUCAGGCAUGUUCAAAAAACUAGUCUAUGCAAUGUAGAAACUGAUGAUGUAUCAACCAUCAGUGCAAAUACACAUGGUAUUGAGACAAGUACACAUGGUGUUGAGACAACCUUGCAAGCACUCAGAGAACAGUGUGAACAAUCUGAUCAUCUAAUAAAACAGCAACAUGAACAUUCAGAAUCAGUUGUGGAAGGAGAAGAACUUCAUCGGCCACAACAUCGACUUGACCGAGACGAACAACAACAUCAGUCCACCGAACAUCAUCACCUUUGGUCUGACAUCAUAGAUGAAGAUAGCACCAUCAGCCCCAUAGAAACAUACUUCAAUAAUGCUGACAAUAACAACAACACUGACACAACGUCGACCUUAACUCCUCUGUGGCAGUCCAACUGUCCACCAAAUGACUAUGCAACAGCAGCCACAACAACCACAACAAAUGCCAAAAACAAUAAGGAAAGUGUCAGGAGAACUAGAAGUUCAAGGCAUAAGAACAAAAAUAAAAAUAAUACCAUCAACAACAAUGACAGUUAUAACGACAGAAGAAGUAAGAGUAAACCAGAUGAUGUUGCGAAAUCUGCUGCAGACGACUCAAACAAUCAACAUGGAGGUCGAGAUCAUCACCACCACCACAAUCGUCAUCAGGAAGAUGAUAAAUACAUUCAUUUCAGGAAGAACCGACCGAGCAGCGGUAAUGGUAAUAAUAGAAAAAAGUUUGCCGGUGCAGAUGGUUUUAAUGAUUUUAAUUGGCGGUCGACCAAUAUGAAGCCGACGGUUGACCAAUCAUUGUCUGGGUCUUUGAGAGGCUGCAAUGAUGAGAAUGCAAACACUUACCGGGAUGGUCUUGCAGCAGAAGCCAGCCACACUGGCAAUGCAAAUAUGAACAGUGAUGAAAACUUUCGAAAUGGUGAUGAAGUUUUUGCAGAGGAGGGUCUAGAUCAUCAAAUUCGGACCACAUCGGAAUCAGAUGGCAUGCUUCUAUCAACAUCAGCGGCAACUUCAUCAGCCACAGCAGCAGCCACAGAAGCAGCCACAGCGGUAUGUGAAGACACCAGCAUCGAAACUUACAAAUUUGAAUUCCCCGGGGACCUCUGCGGCCUGCUGAUUGGUAGGAAGGGAAGGACCGUCAAUGCGAUCGGUAGUGAAUCUAACACGUCGAUCUUCGUCGAUCGAAGGUCUGAAAGUGCAUCAGCGGGAGGAGCCAGUGAUAAACAAAUCGUCAUCAUUAAUGGAACAAAAAAAUGCAUCAAGAUGGCCCUGAAGCUGCUGAAAGAAAGAUUUCCUCCUAAGAAGUUUCCAGAAAUAAAUUUUGAUGUUUGCAUUGUUGACGACCCACUGCCUGCCUCAGCCAGUCCGAUGUUCUUCACUUCUGAUGCCUUUCAACAACUCGAGUUACCGUCAUCAGAGAUGUUUCCAGGCAUGGUUGCGAACAUUGUGUCCGCCCAUCACCUAUUCAUCCAUCUGCCCUUCCACCAAUCCUUCCAGUUGCUUCCCAUGCUCUCAUCGUACAUUUAUUCGUGUUAUUCUCGCCUGGCUGGCAACAGUAUGAACCUUCCUCAUCCGAUCAUGCGUGAGUGGGUUACGUCGCUUUACAUCCUUAUCCUUUAUGAAUUCAGAGUGGGAGAACUUUUUUGCCCCUACACCUUUUGCAUAUGCGGGAUCAAUGGUGGCUGGUACAGGAGCCUGGUCACGCAAGUUUUGAAUAACAGGAAGGAUGGAGCCAGCUACAAUAACGACGAAGAUGGUAAUGGUGAUGAUGAUGAUCUGACCUACAUUGUUAGGUUUGUUGAUUAUGGAGGUUACGAGCAGGUCAAGGCCAGUGAUCUAUUUCUUAUCAGAAAUGAUUUCAUGGACCUACCCUUCCAAGCCGUCGAGUGCUACUUGGCCAACGUCUACCCACCUCUUGGAAUGAAUGGCUACCCGGAAGAGAGUGCAAGGAGGUUGGAGGAGUUGACGAGGGAUGUGCAGCUGUGUGUGAGUGUGGUUGGCGUGGCUGACAAUGGAGUCCCAUGCAUUCAACUCUUCAAAUCAGUUGAUGACAUGAUGCUGUUGGACGUGGCCCAGGACUUACUAGAGCUGAACCUCAUCAGCACCUGCCCACCACAGCCUCGCAACAUCAUAUCCCUCGCUGAAAUCACUGCCCUCAGUGCGACAUCGACGACAAACACGACGACAACCUCAUCUACUCAUCUUCCCCACAGCAACGAUGUUGUCUUCAAUGAUUUUGCUCCCUCAAACGCAGUUGGAAUGGGACUUGCCACGGACGCAGUUGGAAUGGGACUUGCCACGGACGCAGUUGGAAUGGGACUCGCCACAAGCGCAGUUGGAAUGGGACUCGCCACAAACGCAGUUGGAAUGGGACUCGCCCCGAACGCAGUUGGAAUGUACAACAAUGGGGUGGUCGGUGUUUCUGACGACCGGUACAUCGACGAGGCCAUCAGACGAGCCAACAUGGUCUACGAUAUGGUCAGCAUGGCAGAUGAUGAUGGUGCUGCUUAUGAAGAGCCUGAUCACCGUUCCUCUCAAUGA